AUCGUGGAACAUGCCCUGGUUUUCUUGUCAAACUUUGACCAGACCUUGUUAUUGGAGGUUUUCACGCCACUAAAAGGUACUCUAUCUGAGAUAUCAAGCAAUAUGCUCGCAACUUGUUGAAUAGAAGACAACUGUGGCUGCCUUGCCGUAGCAAAUCGUCUAGUCCCACGUUUGCAAUGGCGCUUGUUCUGUCUAGAGUAAUGUCUCGUCCCUUCAACUUGGUAUGAGGUCGACGAAUUGCUUUUCUCGGGCCCUUGCAGCUCUCUGUUUUGAGAGUGAGCUGCAAAUCCAUCUUCAUAUUCUCUGAUCCAUCCAGUUGUACCGCAAUCAUCCACUUCGCACACGAAGCCCAAAUGUGGAUCUUUCGCACAAAGUGACGAUGGAGAAGCAGAGGCCACACUUUGGGCGACCAUGCUCGAGGACCUGAACAGUUUGCUGACGCACGCCUUGUUCAAUCACUCGCAGGUUCAAGAGUUGGAUCAGAAAUCGCAAUGGGUCUACCAGACACAACCGGAAGCCUGCUUGCUUCAACCCUUGGAUGAUCCUUUCAAGCGCACCGAGGCUCUGUGGCACGAUGCAACCCCCAGCGAACAAAGUAACGAGGAGAAGGUUUUCAACACAGCUGCGUCGAUGAGCACCAACAGCACAAAUCAACAAGGGAAGAAGAUCAACAGUAGGAAUGUGAACUUAUAGCAGCAAUCUCGUCACUUCAUUGUUCAUUCCUCUUCGCAUCCACACUCUUUCCCAUGUGCUCCCGCCAUAAA